AGGGAGGGAGGGAGGGAGGGGAGGCCGAGGAGGGCCCGGGCCUGGCCCACUCCCAGGCGGGCCUUCCUCUCUCGUUCUCUCCCUGGGAACACAGGCCACCACCGCUCUCUCUCUCUCUCUCUCUCUCUCUCUCUCUCUCAGCCAGGCCUGGGCAAGCUCCGGGCCUCCCUCCGGGGCGGGGUUUUGGACUCCAACUCCCAGAAGGCCUCCCCUCAGGCCCCGCAGGCCUCCCCUUCACCUCCACCUCAAGACUGCGGAGAGAGAGAGAGAGAGAGAGAGAGAGAGAGAGAGCAAGGGACUGGGGAAGGGAGGUCAACAGACCAAGAGAAGGAAGGAAGGAAGGAAGGAAGGGCGCUCGGAAAGGGAGGGGCCCCCAGGGAUCAGCUGGCAUGGACAUUCACAACAGAGGGACAUGCAGACAAAGGGACAACAACAACAACAACAACAACAACAAGAUUUGUAUCCUGCCACCAUCUCCCCCAGAGGGGACUCGGCGUGGCUCACAGAAAGAUCCCAUACAAAACAGGAACAAUAUACAAGACAGCAAUCAACAAGAAGCCCUGCUUGACUCUCAAGCCAAAAGUGGGUGGUAGAAAUCACAUGGUACAAAAGCUGACUGGCACAACCUGGGGAUCCCAACCAGGCCCUGGAAAGACAGGCGCUUGGCUCCUCUGCUGCUGAAUUCACAGGCCCAGUGGGGAAGACAUCUCACCACGUUCAAACAGUGGACGUGGCUCUUCAUGAGACAUGCCGCACCGUCACAGGAUGUCUGCGCCCCACACCACUGGAGAAAUGAUACUGUUGAGUCCCUCUGGGGAGAGAGGGCAGUCUAGAAAUGAAAUGAGGAAAUGUGAUUUUUGGCUGAGAAUUUCGGAGUAGAGCCUGUGGAGGGAUUUCUUUCCCUUGAAAGAAAGAAUAGGAGGAAAAGCAUCUUGGAUACGGUUGGGUUCUUCACCAGAGUGGUUCCAACAUGGAGAGACCCAACUCACGUGGGCCUGAAGCAGGACCUGGGGGCAGUGGGGAAUCCUGGGAAAGAACCAGACAUGAGUCCCUGAGUGUGGACCUUGACAGAUCGGACACACAGCGCCAGCGCUUCAGGCAGUCCUCCUACCAAGAGGGUGAAGGACCCAGAGGGGUUUGCAGUCGUCUCCACGAUCUGUGCCGCCAGUGGCUGAAGCCAGAGCAGCACAACAAGGCCGAGGUGCUGGACCUGGUGACCCUGGAGCAGUUCCUGAGCAUCCUGCCCCCAGAGAUGGGGAGCUGGGUCCGAGAGUGUGGGGCAGAGACCUGUUCCCAGGCGGUGGCCCUGGCGGAAGGCUUCCUCCUGAGUCGGGCCGAGGACAAGGAGCAGGAAGGACAGGUGUGAGCAUUCCCUCUGGGUUUCACUAACCUGGGGACUGAUGGACAGGUUAAACGUACACCCUGCCUUUCUUCCAAGAUGGGACCGAUGUGGGGGAUAAGCAAGGCCCUGCUCCCUCGACCUCUCUCCCCACCUGCUCUGCCCCUCCAUCUCUACCCUCAGCUUGGUUGAUGCUCUGCUCAAGAUAGAACAUAGACAAUGAUGGGAGGGGGAGGGGGGCAUUGGUUCCAAACUAGGUUGCCAUCUCAGAGUUAUUCUUUCCAAAAAGGUCUAGAGGUCUGUGAUAUUUCUGAACUUUUCCCAAACUCCUUCUGGAAUGCUCUGUGCUCUUCCAGGCCCAUAAUAAUAACUCCAUGGAAGUCCCUGCACCAGAGGAAUCUCCACCAGACACCACCCAGAGUCUCAGGCAGAAGGAGCUGAAGCGGGAAGGAGACGGGGCUGCCGCCUUGCAGGGUGAGAAGGAACUCUUCUGGGAGUUUUGGGGGUUUGUGCCAGUGGAAAUCCCGCUUUGGGGGGAUGAUUGUACACCCACGGUUUGAGCUUCAGAAGGUGAAGUAUCAUUUGGCCUUGAGAUGGGUAUAUAUCUUAAACUCAUGUCCUUUGUGUGAUGUUUUAUGGACUUAAUAUGUAUUUUAUAGAAAGGCAGUUUUAAUGUAGAUCUUUUAUAGUUAUAUAUAUAUCUUUGUUGAAUUUUGACAAUGUUUGUGUUUUUAAAAUUAUGUUGUAACCUCCCUCGAACUGCAAGGAGAGGCGAGUAAGAAAUAAAAUUAUUAUUAUUAUUAUCA